UUUAACUUUAACUUUCCUAAUGAGUUACAUAAAGGAUUCCUACACUGAAAGCAAGAAAAGGAAAAUUGAUAAAGAUGACAUUGACACUGAUACAAAAUUCAAGAUUCCCAAAAAGAAAACAGAAGAUACCAAUAGCAGCGUUCAAAGUAAUUCACAAUUUAUAUAUAAUGCUGGUAACUCAAUAGCUGAUAACUCAUAUUAUGAAUAUAACAAUAAAUUCGAACAAGGCGAAUGGCAAAAUUCUACUGCAUAUCGUUCCGAAUAUAAUAAACUAUAUAAUCUCACACCUAGUGCAGUAGGACCUAUAACUCAAAAUAUUUGUGAAACUUUAUCUAGUAUUAAGGAAGCACCCAAAAAUUAUCAGAAAGACAUAUUUAGAGAAAUUGCACCUGAUAUCAGUGAUCCAACUCUUCCAAAGGAACUGAAAAAACAAUUCCAACCCUUAUAUUGUAAACUUUGUGCAGCCCAUUUAAGUAGUAAUGUAAUGGCAAAACUACAUUACAGAUCAAAAAAUCAUGAAAAAAAGGUACGAAAGUUCCUAUUGGAUUAUGCGGAAUCCACUAAUACCCCAGUCCACAAACGAGCAACUGUUAUUUCGUCGGCAAAACCAGAGAAAGAAGCAGAUCCUAAAUGGUAUCAUUGCGUUGAAUGUGACUUACCAUUAACUGGAAGAAUGCAUGCCGAAUCACAUUAUAUGGGAAAAAACCACCAAAAAGUAGUUAUGGGAUACAAAUUGCCUACAGGUAGUGGACAUUACAAUAGUGAAGGAAAAUGGGUUAGGAAAGGCCCAAGAAAACCGGUAGUUCUCAAAGAUGGCGAAGACGGCUUCGGACAGGAUUUCCGAGAAAAAAAACCUGAAACUGCCGUGACUUCUACAACUACCACAACUCCCAAAACAUCUCAACCGUCUUCGACACCAAGCAAGUUCAGAUGUUCGGUCUGUGACAUCGGAACUACGUGCCAAGAACAGCUGAAUAUUCACUUUCAAGGACAGAAACAUAAAAAGAAGUUGCGUCAAUUGGGAAUCACUGAUCCUAAUAUUAUAGAAGGUACUGUUAGUGAUCAAUAAGUAUUUUGUUUAAAUAAAAAUGUAGAAUAUAAUAUAUCAACAUUAUAAUUCUUAAGAGUUA